AUGGACGAGGAGAGCAGUCAGCAGAUGGUCACAGCAGAGAUCUGUGCGGAGGGUAAAGACGCAUCUUCACAAGGGGCUUCUGGUGACAACCCGGCCCCCGUCUGUGACGUGUGUGCCGACGACAGAGGCGGCGGUGAAGCUGAAGUUCCGGAGGAGAACUUGGAGGUGACGCAUGAGGAGCCUUCAGAGAUGUUGGAGGAAACUUCUAUGUUGGCAGCGUACGACUUCUCCCACCCGCCGUGGGCCCUAACAGGAUCCUGGCGGGAGUAUUCUGCGGCCCCCGAGAAUUUCCUUAAAGGCUGCAAAUGGGCUCCUGAUGGCUCCUGCAUACUCACCAACAGCGAUGACAACGUCUUGAGGAUCUACAACCUGCCCACCGAGCUGUACACGGGCAGCUGGGACACCCUGGAAGAGAUGAGCGCUGUUCUCCGUAUGGCUGAAGGCGACACGAUUUACGAUUACUGCUGGUAUCCGCGCAUGAGCUCCUCUGAUCCGGACACUUGCUUUGUUGCCAGCAGUAGCCGUGAUAAUCCAGUCCACGUGUGGGACGCCUUCCAUGGCAACGUCCGGGCAUCGUACAGACCCUAUAAUCAUUUGGAUGAGCUCACAGCAGCGCACGCUCUCUGUUUCUCACCGGACGGCUCUCAGCUCUUCUGCGGCUUCGAUAAGACGGUCAGAGUGUUUGAGACGUCUCGGCCAGGGAGAGACUGUCAGUGUCGGCCCACUUUCCAUAAGAAGCAAGGACAAUCCGGCAUCAUCUCCUGCAUCGCAUUCAGCCCUUCCGAGGAUAUAUACGCCUGCGGCUCCUACUCCAAAUCCCUUGGUCUGUACUCGCUCCACGAGGGGGUCACCUUGGCGGUCCUACAGGGCCAUCACGGAGGGGUCACCCACCUGGCUUUCUCACCCGACGGCCACUGUAUUUUCUCAGGUGGUCGUAAAGACCCUGAGAUCUUGUGUUGGGAUGUCCGUCACCCCGGGAAGGUCUUGUCUACCCUAAGACGAACCGUAUCCACCAACCAAAGGAUGUACUUUGACAUGGAGGUCUCUGGGCGGUACCUCAUCAGUGGUGACACCCGGGGCCUGGUGACAGUCUGGGACACCAUGUCCUCAAUCCAAGAUGGCGUCGUCCUUCCUCUCCUCCAGUUCCAGGCUCAUACUGACUGCGUCAAUGGAAUAAGCCUGCACCCUUCCUACCCGCUAUUGGCUACGGCGUCGGGACAGCGGAAGUUCCCAGAGUCGGGGGGCAGCAGCGACGAGUCCGUGGAGCCAGAGAGACCCCCGAAGGGCAACGCGGGAGACAAUUCUCUGCAGCUGUGGUGGUGCGGGGCUGACGCGCAGUAAAGCCCGCCGCGAUGUACAGAUGUAUAUAUCCUGUGCGUGUUCUAGAAUCUUCCGCCUGUAUAUAUCGUGUAGGUAUUUUUCUACGUUCUCAUCGCCUUCCUACCGUCUAAAUAAAAGAUUUUUAGAGAAA